UGGCGUGGCGUGCUGUGAGAGGCGGCGGUGUGUUGUGUGGUGUGGUCUAGUCCGGUUGAGUCAGUGGCAGGUGUCAGUGGUGGGCCGGACCUGGACUAAUGUUGACCACUUCUGCGUCUUGACCGGUCCUGUGGGAAGCGUGUGAGUGUGAGCACUAAGGAGACGCGGGAGGAAGGAGAGUCGAGGAAAGUGACAUGAACAGAGAAGCCUGCUUUGUAAUACUGUGGUGUUGCUGACCCAGGAAUCUUGUCGACCAGCCCAGUGAAGCACCUCAUUGCAUCAUGCCUAGCAGGACAAGGAUGCCGCGGUUCAAAGUGAAGGAGGAGGUGAUGGCGCGCUGGCCGGGCUCCUCGCUGUGGUUCAGGGGCUGGGUGGUGGAUAUGAACGACAUCGAGUACCAGAUUCGGUUCGACGACGAGGCAAAGUCUGAGCUGGUCCUGAAAUACAAGGAUGUCAAGAGUGCAACUGACUUCAAGCGUUCGUCCAGCAAGGGCAGGUCACGGAGCCGUGGCCGGUCGAGGAGUCGAGGCCGCACGUCUAAGGGCAGGAGUCCAGGUCGCAAGAGUCCUGCCCGUAACAAGAGUCCAUCGCGGAAAGGCCCCGGCCGGCCACCCAAGAAGCAGGUGGAGGAGAUCGACAAUGUUAUCACCACCACUACCACCACAACCACCACAGAGGAGGAGGUGACAUUGCUGACCAGAGGAGCUCAGGAAGCCGAGACUCUAAUCUGGGCCAAGAAUGACUCCCCGCUGCCCUCACUGCGACCCAGGCUGGCCCGAGCUGACCUGCACACCCCCCGCACCUCCACCCCCACCAGACAGUCUCCCCGCCUUGCUGCGAUGACCAACGACAAGGUGAAUGAUGUGGAGGUGAACAAUGUGAAGCCACAGAAAGUAGUGGUGGAGAGCUCUUUGAAGAAACCGGGUGUGGUGCAGCGCCUUGGCAGUUGCCUGUGUGGCCUGGUGUGUGGUGCUGGCUGCCUGCUGAAGAGAGCGUUGUGUGCCCUGGUGCCCUCCAUGGCCACCAUCACCACCCUGCCUGCCUUGGCCAUCAUGCUGGCAAUGCCUGUUGUCCUCAAUGAAAUGUGCACAAAGAAUAAAUGCACCGUGAUGGAGUUGCCAUCCAUCCCUCAGAAGCUGCAGUAUUAUUACGAUCCACUGGCGAUAGCCAUUGUGGUGGGCUUCAUAAUUGUGCAGACCUUGCUGUGCCUGGUGCCUUUGGGCAGGAAAGUGCAGCCCAUCAGCGGAGCCUCUGUGCGCUGCAAUGGAUUUGUGGCAGUGGUGUUGACUCUGGCAUUGGUGCCUCUAUGCCUGUACAUGGACUACAACUUACUGGUGGUGUACUCCAAGUAUCGACACGUGAUGGCCACCAGCCUGGUCAUAGGGGUCGUGCUGGCCUUGGCCGCCUAUAUUCAUGGCCAUUAUGCCCCCAAGGACGCCAGGAAUCCAGCUGGUAACUCCGGCUCCUUCCUGGCGGACCUCUUUGUGGGGCGAGAGGUGGCACCUGUUGUGUUGUCCCUGGACCUUAAGUUUGUGCUGGUCCGCAUCGUUUGUCUCUCCCAGAUUGUGAUCAACGUGCUCAUCGUGGUGAAGGACCUGCAGAGCCACCAGGGCCAGUACAGCCCCACCAUGUUGCUGGCGUCCAUCAUGCAGAUAUUCUAUGCAGCCAACUGGAUCUGGUUCGAGGACGCCUACUUCACCACUUACGAGUACCAGCGCCAAGGGUUUGGGCUCUUCCUCAUCCUUGGAGACCUGUCUAUGCCCUUCGUCCUGCCCAUCUUCACCAGAUUCAUCUUGAACCACCGGACUGAGCUGGAGUGGUACUGGCUGACAGCAGUCGCUCUCCUUAACCUGACGGGCUACACCAUUUGCCGUGGCGCCAACAACCAGAAGCACACCUUCCGCUCCAACCCAUCCGACCCUGCUCUGGCUCGUCUGGAGAGUCUCCCCACGGCUGCUGGCACCAGGCUGCUCGUGUCUGGCUGGUGGGGGCUGGUGCGUCACCCCAACUACCUCGGAGACAUCCUCAUCUUCAUCUCCUGGGCCCUUGUCUGUGGCUUCACCCACGCCCUGCCCUGGGUGUUGGUGGGCCUGGACGUGCUGUUCCUGGUGGCGAGGACCUAUGAGGUGGAGGCAUGCUGCAGCAAGAAGUACGGCGCCGCCUGGGACAGCUACACCAAGAGGGUCAAGUGUCGCCUCAUACCCAAAGUGUUUUAGGCCAGACUGCGUGAACUUGCUCAGCCACACCUGUUGAGCUCAGCUGCUGGACAGGUAACAUUGUUGGAUUCAGUGGUAAUAGUCUGUUGGCCAAAGAUCUUGGUGGACCAAAAGGUGAAAAUCUAAUAGAUAUAUAUAGAUGUACCAGCCAGUGGGAGAAGUGAAAUAAGUUUUAAUGGUUUUAGCUGAAUGAUAUGGAUCUUGUUAAUUGGCCUUGUGUAAUGUUGAACAAGAAUACAGCUCUCAUGCGUAGUAUUACUGAGAAUGUGUGUCUUGGUUGAGGAGGAAUCAUCAGAUGUGCACCUUUUAAUGCAUUUUCACAUGGACAGUAGAUACUGUACAAAGGCUUGCUGUGGCCAAAUCAGUGAGUCUUGAAGUGAAGUAAAUCGUGUGUCAUUUUUGGUGAAGGAAAGUACUGUAGGCUGUGAUGUGCCUGUGCUCAUGUGACCCCUGCCCUAUGUUGCCUGGCCAGGGCGUGAGGGUGGUUUGUGCUGCUGUGUGUUGCCGUGGCGCUCUGCCUCACGUGCCGGCUGGCUCAACACAGCUGGAGGUUGUUGUAUCUUACAAGAAAAUUUCACAGCAAUAUUAGUGUUUUCAAAAUAUUUGGAGUUGUAAAUACUAACUUAUGCCUUUGGGUAUGCCAAGACUGACAGAUUGAAGGAGAUAGAAGGAGUCAGAAAUGAUGCAAUGCUCUAGUGUAAGUACAAAAUGUACAUAGAAUAUUUUUAAGGAACACAAAUUUUUCAUAGAAAUUUAUAAUUGGAGAGAGCUAAAGAAUAUUUUAAGAAGCGCCAAGAGGACUCGUCCAGUAGGUAGUGUUGCAUUAGUGCUGUAAGGCUGAGAAGGCCCCACAACCCGCCACCCACGACCCCCUCCAGCAGCGGGUGGAGGAGUGAUCUCAGAGUGGCGGUGGGCUCGCUGGUGUGCCCUCAAAUCCUCCACCUCACACUGACAGAUCCCAUCCUCCCAUACAACCUGUCUCGUGUACUGUACAGCAAGUUUUUACAUUUAUGCCUGUAAUUUAGGACUUUUUUGCAGUUCUUUCUAUAAAUUGUGACUGGAGCAGAUCCCAGAGAUGUGUUCCUUGCUGUAAGAAUUUUAGCAUCUCUGGGAAGGUUGUUUGAGUUGCAUUUUAUGGAGAGACGUCUGCUUCACCUGAACAAGCCGACAUCACAAAUAGGGACCUGCCAUACACAUAAGUUUGGACGUUUUCUCAGAUCAUUUAAACGUAAUAGCAUAUAAACUAAAACUUGGAAAUUUUAAUGUAUUUAAGAAAGACAAAGUUUACUUAUAAUUGUGUAUAUAAGUACUUUUGGUUUUGAGGUCAUUACUACCAGGCUACCACUUGUACAGCAUGCAAGUAUUGAUGUGUAAGUUUUCCAAAUAAAUAAAACUCCUUUUGUAAUAAA